AUGGGUCUUAUUUUGAAGUUGACGUUUUUGUUAGUUUUAUUCGUCAUUGCAUCAGAAUCAGGUGUUGUGAGUAUUGGUUGUACAAAAACAUGCUAUUACAGUGGAUGUUGGGGAGCCUACUGUGUGUGUCAAAAAGAACAUGUUGGUCCAUCUAAAGCUUGUUGUGACACAUGUGUGGGACCCAUUUGUUUAUGUCCGCCAGAGUACCAAUAUUUGACUUUUUCUGCGGAUUUACUUGUGGAAUUAUCUGUGGACAAUCUUUCCACAGAUAAUUCCGUAAUAAAAUCCGCAGUGGGAACCAAAGGUAGAGACAACACGUUUGUUCCGAGAUUCAGUGAUAUAGUAGAGAGAGAACUUGUAGAGUCCUCUACUGGAGGUGGUGGAGAUGGCGAAGAGUAG